GAUUAGGAUAAAGGGUGAGACUAAGUUAGGUGCUAUCGCGGCAUGUUAUAGUGCUAUAUACAAUAAUUCAUCGAGUAUUAUAUGUACCUACAAAAGGGAAAAAUAUUUUUAAAAUACAUUGUUAUUAAUUUUUACACGAAAUAUUUAUCAACAGCAUUGUAGCAGAAUGAAUAUAUUUUCAUUCAAAUAUAGAAACUUGAUCUUGGGCAUAACUGCAACUGCUGUCGGAUAUUACACAGUUCUCAUGCCACAUACUGUCUUUUUAAGUAAAUACAGAUUCAUGGUAGCCAGAUAUCAAUUUAGCAAAGAAGUGCCGUUAGGUUUUAAAAUUCAACAAAGGAUUCAGAAAAUAAUGGACGAUUUAAAACUAUCCGAUGACAUUAAGAAUGUUAUAAAGCCCUUCAGUGUGUUUGGUUUCGAUUUAUUUCAUGCUGGGACACUCAAUAACAAAUACGGAGCGAUACUGGGAAUUCCUGCUAAUUUUACUAAUACGGCAGAGCAACUCCGCGAGAACUUGCAGAUCAAGGAGGAGCCGAUAGACUGGACGCGACAAGACGCGCGAAACUUCCUGAAUGCAUCGAUGCUCUCAGAGAAUGCGCAAAAAUUCGCGAUAGCGCGUGAGAUUCUGCGAAUUCAAGCGGAGGAACCAUAUUUCAAUUCGUAUGUACUGGCUCUAAUUAUAGCAAUAUUGUGGACACUUUACAACGCUAUAACAUACAGAUUCAAAUUACGCGACCAGAAUGUGAUACUGUGUCGUACGCUUUAUUCGAGUUUCACCGUAUGCGGUGCAAUAUCAUGGUUUGGUAUCAAAGAUUAUCGAAGUUACCAUCUCGACAGGGAGAACGAUGAAGCUUUGUGUAAUUUAGGAGCCGAUUAUAUUAAAGGAGGACAAGAAUUUUAUCAGAAAACGUUAAUUAGAAACAGAGCUAUAAGAUCUCUCUUAGGGGAGGAAGGAAAACGUAUAUAUACUGCUUAUGGAAAUGAACAGACUUUCUUGAGGCAGAAACAUGUGCCAAUUUCUUAUAGUAAAGACUUUUUCGAUUCUCGUCUGCAAAAUUUGGAUUGUAAGACGUGAAAUAAAUCUAUUCUUGCACCUAUAACUAGAAAAAGCGUUCUUUUUACAUGACAUUUAAUCUAUCCGAAUAAACGAUCAAAAUUUUAUUGAUA